CUUGUCAGUGUGGAUUUGAGCUGCUAGCAGAGACCAAUACCCUCAGUGUCAGGAAAAGCCUCAUUAGCGAGGAGCUGGAGUGACUGUAGAUUGACAGAUCAACAUUAUUGGCCAGUAUCAAGUUAUGCUCACAGUUGUGUUUCUGAGUCUCCCUCUGAGUCCAAGGCAGGCGGGCGUGCCAAUAUGCCGCGGUGCCGGAAUUCUGUCCCCACGACGGCAGACGAGCAGCCACACAUUGGCAACUACCGACUGCUAAAGACCAUUGGCAAGGGCAACUUUGCCAAGGUCAAACUGGCCCGGCAUGUCCUCACAGGGAAAGAGGUGGCUGUGAAAAUCAUUGACAAAACUCAACUUAACUCUUCCAGUCUCCAAAAGCUGUUUCGUGAAGUGAGGAUCAUGAAGUUGCUGAAUCAUCCAAAUAUCGUUAAGUUAUUUGAAGUUAUUGAGACUGAGAAGACACUGUACUUGAUCAUGGAGUAUGCCAGUGGAGGUGAGGUGUUUGAUUACCUUGUUGCUCACGGGAGAAUGAAGGAGAAAGAGGCCAGAGCCAAAUUUAGACAGAUAGUUUCAGCGGUACAGUACUGCCACCAGAAGUGCAUUGUACACAGAGACCUAAAGGCAGAGAACCUACUCCUAGAUGCUGACAUGAACAUCAAGAUCGCAGACUUUGGUUUCAGCAAUGAGUUCACCAUGGGGAACAAGCUGGACACGUUCUGUGGCUCCCCACCCUACGCCGCCCCGGAGCUGUUCCAGGGGAAGAAGUAUGACGGGCCCGAGGUGGACGUCUGGAGCCUGGGGGUCAUCCUCUACACCUUGGUCAGCGGCUCUCUGCCCUUCGACGGGCAGAACCUCAAGGAGCUGCGUGAACGGGUUUUGCGGGGGAAGUAUAGGAUUCCCUUCUACAUGUCCACAGACUGCGAGAACCUGCUCAAGAAGUUCCUCAUUCUCAACCCAACCAAGAGGGGCAGCCUGGAGCAGCAGAUCAUGAAGGACCGCUGGAUGAAUGUAGGCCAUGAGGAGGAGGAGCUGAAGCCCUUCAUCGAGCCCCAGCCAGACUACAAGGACCCCAAGAGGACAGGUCAGAACCCCGACCGAGCGGGGGGGUGGAAGAGAGAUAUCAUGUUGCAGAUGGGCUACUCUGCAGAGGAGAUCCAGGACUCGCUCGUCAACCAAAAAUACAAUGAAGUCAUGGCCACAUAUCUAUUACUGGAUUACAGGAACACAGAGAUGGACGAAUGUAUCAGUCUGUCAAUGAAAUCCCGCCCAGGAAGUGACCUCACAAACAGCAAUGCCCAAUCUCCUUCUCACAAGGUACAGCGCAGUACCUCAUCCAAUCUGAAGCCCCGGAGAGCAACAGAUGCAGGUUCUUCUGCUUCCAAGCGUUCCCAGGGUGACAACAAGCAGACAGCAGAGGAUUAUGGGAGGAAAGGUUCUGGCACUGGCAGCUCCACUAAAGUCCCUCCCAGUCCUUUAGAUCGUAAGAGGAGCACCCCAACCCCCUCCACCAACAGCAUCCUGUCCACUGGUACGAGUCGCAGUCGGAACUCGCCGGUCCCUGAGAGGGCCACACUUGGGGUCCAGAAUGGAAAGGACAGCCUGACCACCCCAGGGUCCCGUGCCUCCACAGCCUCGGCAGCUGCCGUACUCUCCUCCUCCCACCCCCGUCAUCACAAGUCCUUGUCCACCUCUGCUCACCCCAGCCCCCCAGACAUCCAUGCACACCGGCCCAGCACCGCCCCUCAGAGAGUACCGGUGGCGUCUCCUUCUGCCCACAACAUCGGCAGUUCCACGGCGACAGACCGUUCCAACUUCCCCAGAAAUGUGACCAGCCGAAGCACUUUCAGUGCCGGCCAGCAGAGGGCGGGACGGGACCAACAUACCUCCACUUACAAUGGUCCCCCAUCAUCCCCUUCCCUCUCCUACGGGAACAGCCAAGCACGAAGAGCCGGGGGCACUGGUAUCUUCAGAAAGUUCACUUCUAAAUUUGUGCGCAGAAAUCUCACAUUCAGAUUCCCCAGAAGCCCGUAUGAGGGAGAGGGUCGAGAUGAGGCCAGCAGACCCAUGCUGACCACCGCUGAGAAGCUGGAGAAGGUCACUCUGGGCUCUGUAGGAGACGAGAACAAGGACUUCCUGUCCUCCACCUCUACGGUACCCAGCACCCCGACUUCAAGCCUGACCUCCAAGGACCACAAGCCCCGCUCGCUGCGCUUCACCUGGAGCAUGAAGACCACCUCCUCCAUGGAGCCCAAUGAGAUGAUGAAGGAGAUCCGGAAGGUUUUGGACUCGAACAGCUGCGAGUAUGAGCUGCGGGAGCGCUACAUGCUGCUGUGCGUGUCUGGGAAUCCCGCCUGUGACGACUUUGUCCAGUGGGAGAUGGAGGUUUGCAAGCUGCCCCGCCUCUCCCUCAACGGGGUUCGCUUUAAGCGCAUUUCUGGCACAUCCAUCGCCUUCAAGAACAUCGCUUCCAAGGUUGCCAAUGAGCUCAAACUUUGAGCUUGUGGAUGAGUAGUGAUGAUGAUGAAAACAAGGAGUCGGCUGGUGGAAGGAGACAGACUGGAGCACGCAGGCAGAGAGGCUAAACUUUGACACAGAACUGAGUUGAGAGGGCGACAAAGGAGCAUGGAGAGACUUUUGGGGGGGGUGCAAAGAGUUUAGGGGAGGUUGCGUGUAUAGACCUUUUUAAGGGGAUUGUUAAUUUUCUUGAGGGGGUGUUCUUUUCGUUUGGGUUUUCUAUCCUCUCCCUCUGACUUUUCUGUUGUCUUCUAAGACAGUUUUGUUUCUACCUUAAACCUCACAAUCCUCUUUUUCCAAAAGGAAUUCAUUGAUGGAAAAUAUGAAAGGAAAUUAGUUAUAAAGCAAUGAACUGAUUGUGGGUUUAAUUAUAUAUAUUUUUGUUGCCCAAAAUAGCCCUGGACUCAGCCAGCUGUAACCCUCAGGCCCUUCUCUCUCCAUUAUCCUGCACCAAGGACAAACGGUCUAAACACCAUGUUACUGCAUCUUGCCCCUACUUUCAGAUGUCCGUUUUGAACAGAUGAAGAGACCUGCAGUUUGACACUCUGAAUGUACAACAUGAUUAGACGGAUGUAUCUUAGGUACAACGCAUAUUCACUACAAUGUAAAUUGGAUUUCACAUCAUGUUCUGAUUCUGAUCAGCUAAUGAAGGCUGCACAAGGUUUCUGCUUCAGUGUGGUGGUUCAGAAAGCCAUUUUUACAUCACAGCACAAUGUCUUACUUGAUGGUAAAGUGGAAGUGCAGACUGGAUUUACCUCUUUGCUCUGAUUACGAGCCUUCACCAACCGUUACCCCAAGCCCCUUCAAUUAGUUUUUGUUUUUCUACAGCAGGAGUAAUUUAUCUGAUGAACUAAUUAAGGGCCAAUUGAUAAUUAUUGGUGGAUUGUAAUGUAAUUAAGAGUUGCUGGUUGGUUUCAAUGUGCUGCACUGGAAUGUCUGAAUUCCCUUGCCUUUCUCUGGAGAAAAUAAUUAUUAAUAUUGUUAUUAAGAAUAAACAAAGUUGGAUGAUU